UGUUUGAUGAGUCCUCAUCUCUCCAUCACUGUCCAGGGAAAUUAUGAAUGAUAACGUAUAGGCCUGUAGAGUUGCAGGAAUAUCUCAGAAGAACGAUGAAAACUACUCAGAAAAUUAAAUUUUAGCCAUUAACAGAGACACUGAUGGGGUCUUCUCUGAGACGCAGGCCAGCCGUGGUUCGUGCCUCCUGUGGCUCUCUUCACCUUGUGGUAACAUUUUGGCUUGUAUGGCCAAUGAUGACGAUGACAGCAGCUUCUGUUUGUCCGAAGAGCUGCCACUGUACGGAGAGGAACGGCGUGGUGGUGCAGUGCACCUCAAGCAACCUGGAGAGCAUUCCGUCCAGUUUACCCCGAGACACCGUGGUCCUCCUGCUGUCCUCCAACCAAAUCAGACACGUCCCCAGUGGUGCCUUCAAAGACCUGGACCGCCUCAGGGAGCUGGAUCUGUCACACAACUUCAUCAGGAGCCUGGAGGAUGGUGCCUUCCAGGGUCUGUCCAAGGGGCUGCGCUCACUGGACCUUUUUGACAACAAGCUCAGCAGAGUGCCUAAGGACACCUUUGCCAAGCUGCAUGCCCACAUACGCCUCUCCAACAACCCCUGGCACUGUGAGUGCUCCCUGCAGGAGAUGCUGAGGGAGCUGAGGCUGGACCCCGAGACUGCCAAUGAGGUGAGCUGCUUGACUUCAGUACAGGAGGAGUACGCAGGCCAGCCAGUGAUCCAGGUUCUGGACGCCGGUAUCAACUUCUGCAACUUUCACCACAAGACAACAGAUGUGGCCAUGUUUGUGGCCAUGUUCUGCUGGUUCUCUAUGGUGAUAGCUUACAUCAUCUACUACGUCAGGCACAACCAGGAAGACGCCAGGAGGCACAUGGAGUAUCUCAAAUCACUUCCCAGCGCCUCCCACAUCAACAAGGACUACGACAUGGCUAGCAGCAUGCUCUGA